AUUACCAGAAGAGAAUGUGUUGGCUCUUUGCUUGUUAUUGAACCAGAAUCAUCAGUCUUAAUCACUGGAUAUCUUUUUAAUGGGUGAGUCAUGACUUCAAAUUCAGAGCUUGUGGAUUCCAAAGCGGAGCUUACUGCUUUACUGGAGCAGUGGGAGAAAGAUCAUGGCAGUGGACAAGACAUGGUUCCGAUACUUACGCGAAUGUCAGAAUUGAUAGAGAAGGAGACAGAAGAGUACCGGAAACGAGAUCCAGAUCCGUUUGAUGAUAGGCACCCAGGUCGGGCGGAUCCAAAAUGUAUGCUUGGUCACUUGCUAAGAAUACUUUUCAAGAAUGAUGAUUUCAUGAAUGCACUGGUAAAUGCUUAUGUGAUGACAAGCAGAGAACCACCCUUGAAUACUGCUGCCUGCCGACUUCUUUUGGACAUCAUGCCUGGGCUGGAAACUGCUGUUGUCUUUCAGGAGAAGGAGGGCAUAGUUGAAAAUCUCUUCAAGUGGGCACGAGAAGCUGAUCAGCCAUUGAGAACCUAUGCAACUGGAUUGCUAGGAGGUGCCAUGGAAAACCAGGACAUUGCUGCGAACUACAGAGAUGAGAAUUCGCAGCUGGUGGCAUUUGUACUUCAGCGCUUGCGAGAGCUGCAAGUUCAUGAACUGAACACAAAACAUGAAAACAAGCGGCCCAGUCCUCGAAAGCUGCCAUUGGAUCCGCUGCUGCCUCUAGAUGAAGAGGCUGUGGACAUGGAUUAUGGGGAGAUGGCCGUGGAUGGUGAACAGGAGGAAGUUCCGGGGGACAUGGAAAUCUCCUUUAAUCUUGACUCAAACCACAAAACUAGUAGUCGGGUGAACUCUGCCACAAAAAAAUCAGGGAAGCCACAUGAAAGAGAGAAUUUCCGGAAAGCGAAACAAAAACUUGGCUUUUCGUCAGAGCCAGAUAAGAUGUUUGUUGAACUUUCUAAUAGCAGCUGGUCUGAAAUGUCUCCGUGGGUAAUUGGCACGAACUAUAGCUUAUAUCCUUUGACUCCUGCUAUAGAGCAGAGGCUGAUCUUGCAAUACUUGACUCCCCUAGGAGAAUAUCAAGAGUUGUUGCCUAUAUUCAUGCAGCUUGGAUCAAGAGAGCUGAUGAUGUUUUAUAUUGAUUUGAAACGGACCAAUGAUGUGUUACUCACGUUUGAAGCUCUAAAAUAUUUGGCAUCACUGCUUCUCCACAACAAGUUUGCAACAGAGUUUGUGGCUCAUGGAGGGGUGCAGAAGCUGUUAGAGAUUCCUCGUCCUUCCAUGGCAGCUACAGGUGUUUCCAUGUGCCUAUACUAUUUGUCUUACAAUCAGGAUGCCAUGGAAAGGGUCUGCAUGCACCCCCACGUGUUAUCUGAUGUUGUCAACUACACGUUGUGGUUGAUGGAGUGCUCUCAUGCCUCAGGCUGCUGCCACGCUACCAUGUUCUUCUCUAUUUGUUUCUCGUUCCGUGCGGUCUUGGAGCUUUUCGAUAGGCACGAUGGUUUACGACGCCUUGUUAACUUGAUCAGCACUCUUGACAUCUUAAACCUGCAGACCCAAGGUGCGCUGUUAAGUGAUGAUGAGAUCUUUGCUAGCCGGCAGACUGGAAAACAUACUUGCAUGGCCAUGCGAAGGUAUUUUGAGGCACAUCUAGCCAUCAAAGUGGAACAAGUGAAACAGUCACUGCAGCGCACAGAGGGUGGAAUUCUCAUCCACCCACAACCUCCCUACAAGGCUUGUUCCUACACACACGAGCAGAUUGUGGAGAUGAUGGAGUUUCUCAUAGAGUAUGGGCCAGGGCAGUUGUAUUGGGAUCCAGCAGAGGUCUUUCUCAAAUUGUCUUGUGUGCAGCUCAUGCUCCAGCUUAUUUCCAUAGCAUGCAACUGGAAGACUUAUUAUGCUAGAAAUGAUACAGUGCGUUAUGCUUUGGAUGUUCUGGCCAUCCUUACUGUGGUUCCAAAAAUCCAGUUACAGUUAGCCGAGGCAGUGGAUACGGUGGAUGAGGGAGGAACGUCUAUUUCCAUUGUGGGUAUCAGCAUCAUCCUAGGACUUGCUGAAGGUGAAUUCUUUAUUCAUGAUGCUGAGAUCCAGAAAUCAGCUCUUCAGAUCAUCAUUAACUGUGUGUGUGGGCCAGAUAACCGCAUUUCCAGCAUUGGCAAAUUCAUUUCUGGCACUCCUCGACGGGCCCUCCCACAGGUGCCUAGGAGCAGUGAACACACCUUGGCCAAGAUGUGGAAUGUGGUCCAGUCCAAUAAUGGCAUCAAAGUUCUGCUGUCCUUGCUGUCCGUCAAGAUGCCCAUUACGGAUGCAGACCAGAUCCGAGCACUGGCCUGCAAAGCUUUGGUUGGGUUGUCCAGGAGCAGCACGGUCCGGCAGAUCAUCAGCAAGUUGCCCCUCUUCAGCAGCUGCCAGAUCCAGCAGUUGAUGAAGGAGCCCGUGCUUCAAGACAAGCGCAGUGAACACGUCAAGUUCUGCAAGUAUGCGGCUGAGCUGAUAGAGCGGGUCUCAGGAAAACCCUUGCUGAUUGGGACCGAUGUCUCCCUGGCUCGACUCCAGAAGGCAGACGUGGUGGCUCAGUCGAGGAUCUCCUUUCCCGAGAAGGAGCUGCUGCUUUUGAUCAGGAACCACCUCAUCUCUAAAGGGCUUGGGGAAACGGCAACUGUCCUCACGAAGGAAGCAGAUUUACCUAUGACGGCAGCUUCUCAUUCCUCUGCCUUCACGCCAGUUCCAGCCGCUGCCUCCCCCGUGACUCUGCCUCGUACUCCUCGUAUAGCAAAUGGCAUUUCAGCCCGGUUGACUAGCCACCCUGCUGUGGGCUCCAGCGCUGCUUCUGUCCAUGCCCAGCAGAGGCCCACUGCUUGCCAGGGCUCGCUUGCACUCCCAGGCCCAUCUCAUGCCUCCAGUUCCCCUGUGAUUGGCAGGAUUAGUUUCAUCCGAGAGAGGCCGUCUCCUUGCAACGGCAGGAAAAUCCGAGUUCUUCGGCAAAAAUCAGACCAUGGUGCCUACAGUCAGAGCCCUGCCAUCAAAAAACAGCUAGACCGGCAUCUCCCUUCACCACCCACGCUGGACAGUAUAAUCACAGAGUACCUUAGGGAGCAGCAUGCUCGCUGCAAGAACCCUGUGGCCACUUGUCCCCCCUUUUCUCUUUUUACACCCCACCAGUGUCCUGAGCCAAAACAGAGGCGCCAAGCGCCAACUAACUUUACCUCGCGGCUUACCCGCAGGGCAGCAUUUCCAAAGUAUGGCGGGGUGGAUGGUGGAUGCUUUGAUAGACACCUUAUCUUCAGCAGGUUCCGUCCAAUUUCAGUGUUCCGAGAAGCAAAUGAAGAUGAAAGUGGUUUUACAUGUUGUGCAUUCUCUGCGCGGGAGCGAUUCCUUAUGUUGGGCACUUGCACGGGACACCUAAAACUCUACAAUGUCUUUAGUGGGCAGGAGGAGGCCAGCUAUAAGUGCCACAACACUGCCAUCACACACCUUGAGCCAUCCAGGGAUGGCUCUUUGUUGUUGACAUCUGCUUCAUGGGGCCAGCCUCUUUCUGCCUUGUGGGGAAUGAAGUCUGUCUUUGAAACCAAGCAUUCCUUCACAGAUGAUCACUAUGUGGAGUUCAGCAAGCUCUCUCAGGAUAGGGUUAUUGGCACAAAGGGGGACAUUGCCCAUAUCUAUGAUAUUCAGACUGGCAACAAGCUGUUGACUCUGUUUAAUCCAGAUCUUGCAAACAACUACAAGAAGAAUUGUGCCACCUUUAAUCCCACGGAUGAUCUUGUCUUAAACGAUGGCGUUCUUUGGGAUAUUCGUUCUGCGCAGGCUAUACAUAAGUUUGAUAAAUUUAACAUGACCAUUAGUGGUGUUUUUCAUCCAAAUGGGCUGGAAGUCAUAGUCAACACAGAAAUUUGGGAUUUGCGAACGUUCCAUUUGUUACACACCGUUCCAGCCUUGGAUCAGUGCCGUGUAGUCUUCAACCACACUGGAACAGUUAUGUAUGGAGCUAUGUUACAGGCUGAUGAUGAAGGUGACCUGCUAGAAGAGAGCAUGAGAAGUCCUUUUGGGUCAUCUUUCAGGACAUUCAAUGCAACAGACUACAAACCGAUUGCUACCAUUGAUGUAAAAAGAAACAUCUUUGACCUAUGUACAGACACAAAAGAUUGUUACUUGGCAGUUAUUGAGAACCAAGGAAGCAUGGAUUCCAUAAACAUGGACACUGUUUGCAGGCUUUAUGAGGUGGGCAGGCAGCGCUUGGCAGAAGAUGAAGAAGAUGAGGAAGAAGACCAGAAGCCUAUGGAGGAGGAGGAACAGGAAGAAGAUGAUGAUGAGGAUGAAGACGACACAGAUGACCUUGAUGAACUAGACACCGAUCAGCUUUUGGAUGCUGAUCUUGAGGAAGAGGAGAACAAUGAGAAUGCAGGCGAGGAUGGGGAAAAUGACUUCUCACCUUCUGAUGAUGAAGAAUUGGCCAAUUUGCUUGAAGAGGGGGAUGAAGGCGAGGAUGAAGAUUCUGAUGCCGAUGAGGAGGUUGAGCUGAUCCUUGGUGAUACUGACAGCUCAGAUAACUUGGAUUUGGAAGAUGAUAUCAUCUUGUCACUGAAUGAGUGAGGAGUGGUCACCUCACCCCACCCCACAGGAUGUUGACAGCAGGAAAAAGCACCCCCAUCUCUGAAGCCAGGAGACCAAAUUAGGAGGCCAGACUGAGCUCCCUCUCAGAUUCUAAUUCUUGGGAGGGCAACUAAAGAACUCCAGCCCAUCUGACCUUGCCGUGGAACGGUUAAAGGCUUCUGCCUCACCCAGAGCCUUCCUAUGAAAGAGACCAGGGGUUUAGCCUUUAUUUUCUCUGCCUUUUAUUUUUGGCUUUUGGCUGAGACAUGACUCUCCAUGGAGACUUCUGAAUAUAUUUCACAGUAUAUUUUCUUUGUAUAAAGUUCUUUCCUAAAGAACAGAAAUAGUUUUAUAUGAAACAAACAAACAAACAAAAAAAGGAUUAAAAAACAGGCAGGCAUUAUAAAGAGGGCAUGAAUUUGUAUCCUUCUAAUGUUGGGUCACCAUGAUGAAUUUUGAGGGGAGGAAAAAUCUUUAAAAAUAACAAAAAGGGCAUUUUUAUUGAAAGGAGAAGAGUGGGAAAAACUGAAUCAUGGAUUGUGUAACUGUGGAUGAGUGAUUUUUAUUUUGAAUAUGAUUUUUUUUUUAAUGGAGGUACUGCUACCUGCUGUGAAAUGUUCAUUUCUGUUAGGCGCCUUUUGUCCUGUCAGCAGCUGUGUGAGAGAUCCUGCUGUCGUAGCCAUGGUGGAAGAUUGAAGGCCCCGCUCAGACCUGCCAUUGCUGGAGCCCACCCACCCCCCUCCAUCCCACCCUUUUUUGUGAUUGAAAUUUUUAAACCCCAUCCCCAUUCUCGGUGUGGAAACUACAAACUGAAGGCCUUUUUCUUUAAUGUAAAUUGUAUUUAUUAAAAAAAAUAAAAUAAAAUUGAAGUCC